AUGCUUCCCCGGAUAGCGCAGGUUGUGGCGCGACAAACGGCCACCGUUGGCCGGCGACAGACAGUGUUUGGUGGGGCUUCCGUUAGAGAGCUAUCGUUGGUGGAGACGAAAGGGAACCGGGUCAACCACGAGCGGAUCGGUAUCAUCGGCGUGCCGUUCGAUAAGGGCCAGCGCAAGAAGGGCGUUGGCCUUGGGCCGAAGGCGAUCCGUGAGGCCGGGCUCGUAGACCACAUCCAGGAGAUAUCGCACACGUUGGACAUCAAGGACUAUGGGGACGUGCAGUACCAGGCGCUCAACUUUAAGGGGCGCAAGGUGGAAAACAUGAAGAAGCUGGAGCAUGUGGCCAGCUGCAAUCGCAUACUGUCGCACCAGGUGACGGAAGUGCUGGACGACGAUCGGCUGUGCAUCACGCUCGGCGGCGAUCACGCCAUUGCGAUCGGGUCCAUCGACGGGCAUCUGCACCACAGCAAGGAGGUGGCCGUUAUCUGGGUGGACGCGCACGCCGACCUGAACACGAACUCAACGUCACCGUCCGGCAACAUUCACGGCAUGCCGGUGGCACUGCUGGCCAAGGAGCUGUGCGACUACUGGCCGUACAUUCCGGGCAUGGACUGGCAGGAGCCGAUCAUCUCGAUCAAGAACCUCGCCUACAUCGGGCUGCGCUCGGUGGAUCCGUACGAGCGGGCCAUUAUCGAGAAGUUCGGUAUCAACGCGUUCGGGAUGCGCGAAGUGGAGCGGUACGGCAUCCGGGAGGUGAUGCGCAUGGCCUUGGAACGGAUCGAUCCGGACGGGAGUCGAAGUCUGCACGUCAGUUACGACAUCGACUCGCUGGACGUGCUGGAAGCUCCCAGCACCGGUACGAGUGUCCGCGGAGGGCUGACACUGCGCGAGGGAAUUUACAUAAUGGAGGAAGCCUACGCCACGGAGCGGUUGGCCGCGGUCGACCUGGUGGAGGUGAACCCCGCCAUCGGAACCCAGGAAGACGUGCGUCGGACGGUGGAAGCUGCCAUCCAUCUGCUGGUGGCAGCCUGCGGUCACAGCCGGAAGGGCGACAUUGCGGAUUCACUCGAUAUGAUCCCGAAGUGA